AUGACACUCGCCAAGCCUCGAGCGCGGGCGUUGGCCGGUGCCGCUUUGGCUGCGAGUAGCUAUUUGGACACGCUGUGCACCAGGUGCUACAAACCAGGCCACAUUGCCAGGAACUGCCGCCGCAUGAGGAAGAAGCGAAAGGCCCGGCGCGGGGGCUUCAAAGACCUUGACGGAGCUUUGUCGUUCAUCAUCGAACAAGGUGAGAAGAGACGGUUGGCGAGGGAGAAGGAAGGCGAGGAUGCUUCCGGGACUACGGUGUCAGGCAACACGGGCACUUCAGCAGGUAUGGGUGGCAAGUUUGGCGGCUUUGGCGGCUUUGGAGCCGCAGAGACUUGUCAGACUCCGGGUUUUGGCGUUUUGAGCGUCAGAGUCAACGAGGGCGGUAAAUCUGCUCCGGGUAUCUUCGACGCCGCAGGUCCUUGCAAGUUUUCGGGUUUCGGUGCUCCCGCCGUUCAAGGCAAUAAUGGCGGUAAACCUGCUACGGAUAUCUUCAAGGCCACGGGGACUCCUCAAACGUCCAUUUUUGAUGUUUUUUCAACUCCUGCAGUCAACAAGGGCAAUAACAAUGCUGCAGAUAUUUUCAAAACCAGAGGUACUCCUCAAACAUCCGUUUUUGACGUUUUUUCAGACCCUGCCGUCAACGAGGGCAACAACAAGACUACGGACAUUUUCAAAGCUAGAGGUACUUCUCAAACAUCCAUUUUUAACGUUUUUUCAACCCCUUCGGUCAACGAGCGCGGCAAAAAUGGUGCGAAUGUCUUCAAAACCACCGCCACUCCUCAAAAGUCUGUUUUUGGUAUUUAG